CAGCAAAAUACAGUGAUUAAGUAUAUAUACAAGGCGUUUCUCAAUGUCAAGGAAGGAUCCUUGGAAGCCAGGAUGCCAAGGAUGCCAGUACAAAUUACUACCGUUACCGUAUUGAUAUUAUAAAUUAUACAAAUACAAAUUACAUUAUUGAUGGCUAACUGAACCGGACCGUCAUUUAACAAUUAGCUUGGUUGCCGUCACUGGCAUUUCUUUUAUAAAUAACUAGUUAAGUUGUCCAAAGUAAUACCAUUCACAGCGUUAGCUUUCUCGUCUUUUUUAGACCUUUUCACUGACGUAAUGACGCAAUGACGUGCACUUAGUCUGUUCCAUUUACGUGUUCUCCGAAUGCUAAAGAGGAGCCUCGCCUAGCCUCUGAACAAUACAUUGGCAGUCUUUCAUGAGGAGGAUCACAGAAGCCACAAAUAAUUAUCAGCCAUGCAGUCAGGAAAACUGCAGCUGUCAUCUGAGUGUCCUGAACAAUGACCUUAGGCCAUUUAAAAAUGGCAUAUCUGAGGGGCUCAUGGCAGACACAGUCCAAAGAGGUGUUGGUACGCACUACCAGAUAAUCGGUAACAAGCUGUACAGAGAACAAAGCUGCAUGUUUCCAGCAAGAUGCAGCGGUGUUGAGCACUUCAUCCUAAAAGUGAUUAACAGGUUGCCAGAUAUGGAGAUGGUGAUUAAUGUGCGUGACUAUCCACAGGUUCCUCGAUGGGUUCAGCCAGUCUUGCCUGUACUUUCCUUCAGUAAGACGUUAGACUACCAGGACAUCAUGUACCCUGCAUGGACAUUCUGGGAGGGAGGUCCUGCUGUAUGGCCCAUCUACCCCACUGGACUGGGCCGAUGGGAUCUCAUGAGGGAUGACCUGAAAAAAUCAGCUGCACGAUGGCCCUGGAAGAAGAAAAGCCCAAAAGGAUUCUUUAGAGGCUCUAGGACCAGUUCAGAAAGGGACCCUCUGAUCCUUCUCUCAAGAGAAGCCCCUGACCUUGUGGAUGCAGAGUACACCAAGAAUCAGGCCUGGAAGUCAGAGAAGGACACUCUGGGUAGAUCCCCAGCAAAGGAAAUUCCCCUAGUUGAACACUGUGAAUACAAGUACCUCUUUAACUUCAGAGGUGUUGCUGCUAGUUUCCGUUUGAAGCAUCUGUUCUUAUGUGGCUCGCUGGUUUUUCACGUUGGAGAGGAGUGGCUUGAGUUCUUCUACUCUCAGCUCAAGCCCUGGGUUCACUACAUCCCUGUCAAACAGGACUUGUCUGACCUCAGAGAGCUGCUUCAGUUUGUGAAAGAAAAUGAUGCUGUGGCAGAAGAAAUUGCUGUCAGGGGCCAGACCUUUAUUCUGGAACAUCUCCGUAUGGAGGAUGUGUCUUGUUACUGGGAGAGAUUGCUCACUGACUUCAGCAAGCUGCUCAAAUACAAACCUAAGAGAAAAUCAAACUAUAAUCAGAUCAUCCACGGAGCCAGCCGAUCUGAACUCUGACUUGAAGAAUGGGGAGAUCAUUCUUCUUUUCUUUGCCUUUAUUCUUGCUAUUCAUUCUUUUGAACAUCACAAUUGCUCUUUAAACUGGUCUUAAUAGCUGAAAAGAGUGUUUAAAGGCAGCUCUGUGUUAGUUAAUCUGGUGAAUUCUGCCAAAUGUCUCAGACUAUCUAUAUUGCUCUAAAGGUUAAGACUCAAGGAACCCUAUAUAUAUAAGGCUACCCUAUAUAUAUAUAUAUAUAUAUAUAUAUAUAAGACCUGCAAUAUUACACAUCUGAAAUAGCUGAAAUACACAUUUUUCAUAGCAUUCAGCAGUCAGUUUGAGGUAUGUAGUGAAGCCUGUAAAGCUACAACACUGUAAAAAUAACUUAUUGUGAAACAACAGUAUAACAUAUAGCAGCCUGCCAAAAGAAGUUUCUUAAAAAUGAACUGUUUCAUCAUG